UCUUCAUGUGGCAGAGAACAAGUUCCUAAUUUGUGCUUUGGAAAUCAGUGGGAGGUGGAGCUAUGAGUCAAUCUAUAGAGCUUUUCUUCCCUGCUUCAGCUGGUUGGAAAAUAGCGUGGUCCAGGAGCACCUGCCAGCUGUGAGACAUACAGACUAGACCAUUAUAGUGUUGCUUUUCAUGAGACAGAGAUACUAAUGGGAUCAUCAGCCUGUUCACCUUUGGAUCAGUUCAUCCAAGCAAACCCACACAGGAAGACUGGAAUUAGGAAGAAGGAUCAUGAAAGACCUCACAGUGCUGAAGACAAGUCAGAAGAGCCUCAGUUGUGCUGGCUUACUGUAAAAAUCAUAAGCAUGAAAAAUCUCCGCAAAGCAGAUCUCUUGACCCUAACUGACUGCUACGUGAAGCUGUGGCUGCCAACGGCUUCACGUCAGGAAGCCCGGACAAGAACUGUACGUAACUGCAGAAACCCUGUCUGGAAUGAAACCUUCCACUUCAUGAUCCAAAGUGAAGUAAAGAACAUCCUGGAGCUGACAGUCUGCGAUGAGGACACUUUCACACCAGAUGACCAGCUUUUGACUGUUCGCUUUGAUGUAGCUAAAAUCCAACCGGGAGAAAAAGUUCAACUGAAUUUUAAGUUGAAUCCAGAGAAAGAGGAAGAACUAGAAGUGGAAUUUCUACUGGAAAACAUUCCAGGUGUAUCUGAAAACAUCAUUACUAAUGGCGUACUAGUGUCUCGUGAAGUUUCCUGUUUGGAAGUAAAGGUCAAUGAUACAAAAAAGAAGACUCCUUACACAAGAAGAGACUUCACGUUUGCAGUGAAAGGAUCCUAUGAAGAAACCCAGGAUGUUUGCAUAGAUCCUUGUUGCAGCCAGGGAGGCAGCAAAACCACCAAGUUCCACUACAUCAAGCACAGUCAGCCCAGACUGCACAUGACUCUGCCAAAGGAGCAUUUUUUCUGUGGUCAUGGCUCAACUAGUAGAAAAAUGGAUGUAACUAGUCCCCUGGCUGUGCCUCUGCCUCCUCUGGACUUGGGAAAGGAAGUGACAGUGAUGAGAGGUGAAUCUUAUGAGGUGUCUGUGAAGGAAGAAGAUGGUUGCAAGAAUUUAGAUUUGCGGUUGGGGUUUGAUCUAUGUGCAGAGGAGCAGGAUUUCAUCUGUAAAAGGAAGAAGGUGGUUGCAGCUGCUCUGAAAAAUGUUCUUCAGCUAGAUGAAGAUCUGGAGGAGGAUGAGGUGCCAGUGGUUGCAGUCAUGACCACAGGAGGGGGAAUACGGUCUGUGACAUCUCUGUUUGGCAGUCUUCUGGGUCUCCAGGAGUUAGGUGUUUUGGACUGUGUCUCAUACAUCAGUGGUUUAUCUGCCACAACAUGGACCAUGGCAAAGUUAUAUGAAGAUGCAAACUGGUCACAGAAGGAUCUCAGACACCCAGUUUGUGAUAUCAGGAAAAAUGUGACCAAGAGCAAGCUGCAGUGUUUCUCAUUGGAUCGUAUGAAAUACUAUGAGGAGGAGCUAUGUGAAAGGAAGGAAGAGGGGCACAAGCUGUCCUUCGCAGAUUUCUGGGGACUCUUCAUUGACAGCAUGCUACAUGAACAGGGAAGUACUCAGAAACUCUCUGAUCAGCAACUGGCAGUAAAUCAGGGGCAGAAUCCUCUGCCCAUAUAUCUGUCCCUCAAUGUCAAGGAUGACUUUAGCACUUUGGAUUUUAAAGAGUGGGUGGAGUUCACACCUUAUGAGGUGGGUUUCCUGAAAUAUGGAGCCUUUGUUCAUUCAGAGGAUUUUGGGAGUGAGUUCUUCAUGGGUCACCUGAUGAAGAAGAUCCCAGAGUCUCGCAUCUGCUUCUUGGAAGGAACAUGGGGUAAUAUAUUUUCCCAGAGUUUUAUGGAUGCUGUCUACCUCUCUGGUCAUUCAGAGGACUUCUGGCACAGAUGGACCCGAGACACUGCACUUGACAUUGAGGAACACCCUGCUCUGCCCAAGAAGCCUCAUGAGCAGACAACUUCCUUAUCCAUUCCCAAAGGUUUCCUUUCCAAUGCUCUUCGAGAAAUGAUGACUGGACGACCUGUGGUUUCAACUUACCAUAAUUUCCUCAAGGGCUUGCAGCUACAUAACAAGUAUUUAGAGAAUGAGAGAUUUUGCAUGUGGAAAGACACUGUGCUUGAUUCUUCUCCCAACCAGCUGAAUGAAACGGGUGAUUACCUCAAGCUGGUAGACACAGCUUUCUUCAUCAAUACCAGCUGCCCACCCAUUCUGAGGCCAGAAAGGAAAGUGGAUGUCAUUUUGCAUUUAAAUUACAGCGGAGGAUCACAGACUCUGCCACUGGACAGGUUCUCGGAGUACUGUUUGGAGCAGGGGAUCCCAUUCCCUAGCACGGAGAUGAGCCAGGAAGACCGGGAACACCUGAAGGAAUGCUAUGUGUUUGAUGACAGCUCAGAGGCACCAGUGUUGGUCUAUUUCCCACUGGUGUGUGAUACCUUCAAAAAAUACAAGGCACCGAAUGUGGAGCGUAGUCACACAGAGAUGAAGCAGGGAAGAGUAGAUGUGUCCAACCCUAUUGCUCCCUAUGGUACUGGUCUGCUUACAUAUACUGAAGAGAAUUUCAACAAAUUGCUGAACCUGUGCAACUACAACAUCCUGAAUAAUAAAGAUUUAAUUCUUCAGGCUUUGCGAACUGCUGUGGAACGAAGGAAGCGAUUUAAAAACUGUUCGGCACCUCAGUCAUCAAAACUUUCUUAAAGUAUAUUUUGACAAAUCUUAUCAGAAGGAGAAAUACAAAUGUUUUGGUAAUGGAUUAACAAAUAUUCAGAGAACAUGAAUCCAUACAGAAUAAACACAAGUUAGCUGGUUUAAAAAAAAAAAAAAAAAAAAAAAAUCAAGUCUAAUGCUGGUUAUCACAUUAAAGUCAUUGGCAAAUCACGAUUACUUUAAAAAAUUCUCUCCACUGUUUUAGGGAAUGGAAAGGCACUCAUAGAACUAUAGGGGGACCUGUCUGCAUGUACAGCCAUAUAAGAAUGAGAUUUCAACCUCACAAAUGUUCAUGCCAGAUUUGGGUGCAAAUGUUGGUAGUAUGUGGUCUUUAAAGCAGAGAUUAAGCAAAGCCUCACCUUGUUUGCAGACCUCUGCUCAUGACAGUAAGGAGUCAACCAGAUACCAAAAAUUUUUACACCUGGAAAAGGAAGCCUAAUAAUUGAAGAACUGCACAUGACACCAUCUGUUUUCUCAGUAUUCAUCUAUUAGGCAGAAGUCUAACCUUCAGUGGCCUUACCUGUUUGGCUGUCAUUGCACUGAGUUUUCAUUGUUGAUGGACCAUCCCACAGCGAUCACCAUAUAAUAGGCUGAUUUUUCUGUCAGCUGUCUGAUAAAUAUCAUCUGGUUGCAUCCAUUUUUGCUGAACUUCCCUCUGAACUGUUGCCUACCAAGCAGAUCUUGAAGCUGAGGAUAGCACUUAAGGUUUUGAAUCCCACACUUAGUGGGUUUGGAAAAACAGUUUAACAGCCUAGCCUUUGGCCAUAACCAUGUCUUCAUCUAUUAAUCUACUGCGAGCUCACAGAUGUUCAUGAUGGCAACAAAACUUGUGACAUCAACUCCUUUGGCUUCUGCAACAUUAUGAUGGAGAGCGUGCAGCUGCUGCUACAGUUUUAUUCCUAACGCCAUUCAAAGCACAGUGUUCAUGAGAUUUUCAUACUUGUUUUAGAUAAAUGUUUUUUUCAAGAAAAUGCAUUCAACUGGCCAUUCUUAGAUCUUGUUUUCUCUUGUAUAUAUCAAUAUAGAUACAGUGUAAUAGCUACCAUUCAAAUAUUAAGUAUGUAUGUAUAAUCUUAUUAAAAAUAAGAGUCUUAGAGAUGCAA